AUGGCGGUGUGAAUAAAUGACGCUAUCCCGGGAAGCUUUGCGCGCGUAGUAGGAAAACUAGGCACCAGUCUGUAAAAUCGCGCUCAUCGUGAGAAUUUUCGUUUCUUUCGAUCCGAAGAGCUUCAAAAGGCCAGUUACCGGCUAUAUUUCAGAUAUUAAUGGUGUGCUAAAGACAGAUUAAUCUCUUAGAAAAUAAAUAGUCCCAGUAAUGCUCUUACUACAUGCGAGAGAAUAAAAUACUACACAACAAAUAUCAAACGGUUAUUAGACACGUAAAACUUGAUAUCGCCGGCAAAGUCGAUAUCGCCAUUUACAUCUACUGUAUAUAUCCGAAAAACAUAUUAUAGCAUACAUUACCGUGAUUGAUGACUGGAUUUAUUGUAUGUUACUAAAAAGCAUUUUUCAGUACACACCGUGCACGCGUGUUUUCCAAAAUCGGCGUAGGGUGUGUUAUCUAACACACCAAGAUGUGUUUUGCAAAUUAGUAUGAGGUGUGUUCUCGAACACACCAAGGUGUGUUUUCAUUCAAAAGGUGUGUUAUUGAACACACCUUAUAUGCAUCAAAGGUGUGUAAGAAAAGGUGUGUAAAAUACAGGUGUGUUUCUUAGCACACCUAGGUGUGUUUUGUUACACACCAUGGUGUGUUUUCUAACACAUCAUGGUGUGUUUUCUAACACACAAAGGUGUGUUUUCUAAAAUUGUAUAGGAAGGUGUGUAAAAUGUACACACCUUGGUGUGUAAUUAAACACACCUUGGUGUGUAAUUAAACACACCAUGGUGUGUAAUUGAACACACCUGUUUUUAGAGUGUUGCCACCGCCUGCCAUAAACAUAAUGACCAGUCUCUUAUCGUCGUUACCUACAUGUCACAGACCAUUCGAGAUUCAUUCAUUCACAAGUAUUCAUUCAUACUUACCAUCAGGCAGAAGCGUAUCAUGUUUAUCACUUCCCUUUCAGUUUCGCCACAGCACAGCAUUAUUCUCCAUAUUGUAAUGUCAAGAAACCAACUUCAUCCCCAAUAAGUGCCCCUGGUCCAGCAGCUGGAUAUCAUGUUGAUGAACAACCCAAUGUCCCUGAUAUCAAUAAUCAAGGCAAUCGUAGUGCAGGUCGGUGCCCAGAAAAAAGCUUCUAUGACGACAGGAAGAUUCAUAUUCAUACUAUUAGUAAGAACAAAGGCGCAAUUGGAGGAAACAAUAUAAUUACGAAUCAAUAUGGAAUGAGGUGAGUGAAUAUGUGUUCUGAAACAACUAUUUUUCUUUGAUAUUGGCUGAAACGCAAUCGAAAAUGAAUUGAUACAAAUUUAAGAGGUACUGGAAGGUGAAUUCUCUAGAAAAAACGAAUGCCUAAGCAGUAAUGAUUUAUUGAUAUCCUUAGUAAAGUGAAUGAAUUAUCAGCAGAAAGGUGGGACAUUUGCUCAUGUCGUUCAAAGUCUGCGUUAAUUACAUGAUAAUUGAAUUUUACAAAAUGACUUUCGACCUUGAAACAAACUUUAACAACAACAAACUUGCUAGAUUUCGGUGAACAAGACAUAUGAUGAACAAAAAUACUUUUUCAGUGUUCCUCGUGGCUUUGAUACUGAACAGGAGAUGCCUUUUUUUAUGUAUCACUUCCAGUGGCCUGGCUAAACAAUGGCAACUGGUCAUUCUAUGCCAAUACCCUGUACCGAAUUAAAUUAAAAACAAUGGAUUCCUGUAGGUUUGGAUGAUACUAUAACAUUUAUUUAAAAAUUUCCAUAGCAUGACCAGUCGCUAUGGCACUGCUAUCGCGACUGCACCAAAAAGAGUAAGAAAAUAAGAACAUUCAGUGUUUUUUGGAACCGAUUUGUCUAAACAAAUGGGUCCUACAAAAAUCGUCAAGUCGGUUCGAGUUGAUGAUAUUUCGGAACUGAGUCUAGUUCCUUCAAUAUCAAUGAUAUUCUAAGAUAUGAUACUUUUUGUGUUUGUUGAUGUUAUGUAUACUGGUGAAUAUGAUGUUUGUGGUGUUACUCUGAGCCAGUGCGCAUCCACACCGGGCAAGCGGAAACGUUUGCCUGACCACGGUGAAAAUUGAACCCGCGACCUUUGGGAUACCAUUCCAAUGAGCAUAAGUAACUAAGAGACUAGUAUCUAAAAGGUCGCUGGUUCGAUUCCCACUGUAGUCAGGCAAACAUUUGAGCUUGCCCGGUGUGGAUGCAUGCACUUUCAGAGCAACAUGCACUACAAACAUCAUAUUCGCCUGAGUACAUAACACCAGGACACCAACAAACACAAAAAUAUCAUAUUCUAGAAUACAUUGAUAUCGAAGAAACUAAACUCAGUUCAGAAAUAUCACCAACUCGAACCGACUUGAACUCGUAGCUCAGUUUCAGGUUUGAUUCCCACCGUGGUAAGGCAAACUUUUCAGCUUGCCCGGUGUGGAUACACACUCAGAGUAACACCAUGCACAGACAUCCUAUUCAUCUGAGUACAUAACACCAACAAACAUAAAAAAUGUUCCCAUAAUUGUUCUGAACACCAUAUUCGGAAAGGAGCCAUUGUACUGAUCCUGGGUAUUUUUAUUAACCAGAAUUCUACUUAACCAACAUAGCAUUUUCCGUCACCCAUUUUUCAUCAUUACAUUUUAUUGUUGCAUUUUAUCUUGAAUUGCUCCUUAUAUAGUGGCCAAUAUGUACGGGACGUUGGCGAAGAAGAGAAUCCAUAUGUAAGUGAAAGUAGAAAAUUAUAUUGUAAUUCCUCUGCACUAUUUAUGAAACGCUGAUAAAAUCGAAUUUAGUCCAUAUAGUGCAGUAGACAAAGCGCAUGAUUGUAUUACACAAAGUGCAAGAUUCCGCAAGAAGUUACAAAGUGAUCUAACAUGUAGAGGAAAAUCUUGUAAUUGGCGAAUCACACCUAGGAAAGUAGAUCUUCAGAUUCUUAUUCAUGAGAAAUUAUGGUGCCACCAUUUCGUACCAAACGUUUCCUUCUAGAUAUUAGUAGAGUUUAGAAUGGUAACUCCAUACCACUAGCAGUUAUAUGUUGCCUUAUGGCACAGUUACGUAAAUACCGGAUAUGUAUUGCAGAUCACAUGCUAUCCAAAAGAUUAGGCGCUUUAUUUUAAAUAUCAAAAGCUUUCCCAUAAUUCGCUUACUUGAAAUUUUCUCAGAAGUAUAUAGGACCAGUUGAAACAAGAAGUGCUACCAGAUAAGCGUUAGUAUCCAUAUACUGAUUUAAUUCAUAAUUCUGCAGUCCGUGUUCUUUGAUGUAACCGAGGUGAUUAUUUUUAAUAAUCAGCUUGAAUAUUCAUCAGCUGAAAAGAUGGAGGAAAACUCAUAACUAAUCGUUCAAAGCAGACGAAACAGACAAAACUUUGUUGGAAAAGCUCAUGUCAUUAUCUGACAUAAAUCCCUUCUUCUCGGUGUUUAUCCAAUACGUAAAAAAAAUAAAAUCCAAUAAUUACACUGAAGGUUGAAUACUAAAUAAAUCCCCGAAAAAUUGAAAUAUAUAUGUACGAUUUUCGCUUUAGUAGCGCAUGAAUGUCAAAUAUUUUUUUACCAAAUACGGAGCAUUUUAAUGCAGAUUGAGGGAAGCCAAUUAAUUUGGCUAACACUUUUAUCGAAAGGAGCUUUGAAACUUCCCAUACUUAAAUUAAUUGCAAACACACUUAUUUUAGAUAUGUUCGAAUUUCAGUUCAGAAUGUUUAAAAACUUACUUUUUAAGGAGUUACACCCGGACGAUGCAAAUCCUGACAUUCCCAUAUUUAAUGUUCCUCCAAGACCAAGGUAUUUUAACUUAUAUAUAUAAACUACUUCUACGUUCCUUUUGCCGUGCAUGUUUCUGUUUUGUCCCUGAACAAAAAAUGAAUGUUCCGACAAGUGCCACAGCUAUUACAUAUCCUGGAAAAUUAAACUGAAUAUACAGUAACAUAUCUUCUUGAUCAACAUGUGGCAUUUUCCGUCAGUCAUUUUUUUCAUAACAUUUUUAACUGUUGAACUUUUUCUUAUAUUACUUCUGAUACAGUGACCAGAAUGGCGAGGAUGACGAUCUAUAUGUAAGUGAGGCUCGAGAACCGCUCUAUAAUCUGCAUUUUCAGAUUCUUAUUUUGGGGGAAAAAAUAAACCAUUAUAGCACAACCUUUUUUAAACAUAAACUGUCGACAUUAUAGGAAGUUUAUAGAUUAAUAACCCCAAACCGCGACAGUAUGCCUUAUAUACCGGCAACAAACUCGCGUCUUAAUUUAGUUGCGUCUUAUGUAAGCAGCGACUUAUUUGUCCCGUAUAAGUGGCCCUAUUGUUUGCUUCCAUAUAGCUUUUUAUGAUCUGAAAAAUCAAAUGGAACACUGAUCCUGAAAGUAAUGCAAAAAAUUCUAAACAAUUUGAAAACGUACAGUAGUUAAAGGGCACAAUUGUUAAAUAUUCUCCGAAUAAAUAUGGACCACAUUCAUGCAGAUAAAAAAAACAAUGCAUUUGGCUGAAACUUUUGUCGGCGAAACAAACUCUAACAUUUCCUUAUAUUGUAAUAAUCAAUUUUACUUAAAAGGGCAUGGGGCAUGUUCGAAUUUCAGUUCUUGAAAUUUUGUAAUUUAACCAUAUAAUUUUCCUCAGGAGCCAGUUCCAGAAGAUACAAAAGCUAUCGUUUCCACACAAGAUGUUUCUACAAGGUAAUUAAUCUUAAAGAUGCAACAUAGCACUUUACGUCACCCAUUUUCCUUCAUAAAAAUUACUUUAAUUGCAUUUGUUACCAAAACGCUUCCCUCGUGUUCUCCAAACAUUCCCCUCGUGUAUUAUCACCACAUAAACGCACGCGACUCGUUUUCUUUCCAAUCAGAUGCAAGAAAACAUGCAUGAACUUUGACACUUGAUAGAUAAUAAAUUAUAAAACACAUUUAUUGGAAUUUUAUCUCGACGUCGCCAACUCUGCAGGAAACUUUUAACGAGGAAUGACGGUAUAUAUGCAUAAGCUGCGGUCAGUUUGAUCGGCUGUAGAAAAAGGCUGCAAAAUCUAAGGGAAUAUGAUUUAGAAUCUACCUUCAAUGCUUCUGACGAAAACUGCUAUACUAUAUAUAUUUUGGCGAAAAACGUAUUACUACACUGAAUAAUUAAAAAAAUAAAACUGAGCAACCCAACAGAGAACCCUGAAUUUCACAGCUUUCUUCGUAAAUCCAUCUGGCUUGCAGAUGCUGAAACACUGGCAAAUUAUAUUGCGUAUCAGCGUUUUUAUUUCUAGCAUUUUAAAAAGCCUGUCUCGACUUUUAAUUUAAUAUCAAAAUUUUGUAUUUCAUUGAGGAGAAUUUCAAAAUCGAUAUUUUGACAGAAUUGUAUAUCAUGUACUCACUUUUAGCUACUUAUAUUAUUAAAGAAAAACGCGUCCUGUGCGUUUGGGUGUAAUAAUUAUUAUUAUUAUAUAGCAUCUGUAAAUUCUGAAUGCUGAUUGGCUAAGAGCCGUGUUGAUAUAAUUCAAUGUCAACACGGAAACGUCGGAAAAUUUCUUUCUUUAUAUUUCUUUAUGCUAUAUUAGAAAACAAAUAUAAAAAAUUUUUUCCGUAUUGAUAUACAGUUAUAUCAACACUCGUGAAAAUUGGGAAAAUUCGAAAUUGUGUGAAAACACUCCCCCCUUCGGGCGUCGUGUUUCCACACAAUUUCUCGUUUUCCCAAUUUCCACUCGUGUUGAUAUAACUGUAUAUCAACACGGAAAAUGUUUUAUAUUUGUUAAAUUAUGCACUCGGUGAAUAUUGGGAGAAUAUGCGAGAAGCGCCUGAAAGACUCGGCUACUUCUCGUUCCGAUGAGAUCAUUAAUUUUGUGCUAAAGUGGCCCGCGUGCAGGCCAACCGAGGGAAGAAUAGUGGGCCUGCAAGGAAGACCCGGUAUUUUGUACUUUCUGUGUUCGCCCACGAACGCAGCAUUCUGAUUGGUUGUUUGCUGUUGGAUUCUGUAAUUAGAUCAGUGAUUCAUCACAGACGGUCUUGAUAAGCUUACAAUUGGAUCUGAUCAAUUUUUUCGAUAAAAAAUGGAACAAGAACGGACUGUUUACUGACUUGAUUGUUUACUUGAAGGAAGAGAUGUUUUUGCCGUUAUGCCAACGGGGAUUGCUUGUCGUGAAGUGUUGGAAAAGCAACAUUACCACUGGGGUAAACUAUAGUAACCUUUACUUGAGUUUCAUUAAUUUCAAACAGAUUUGAUACGUUUAUGUGUUCCUCAAGAAAAUUAUCUGUUGGUUGAUGUUGACUCUGUUCUUGCACUGAAGAAAACGGCUCUUUUCGCGGUGAAGAUUUAGAGGCAGUUGCAUGCAAGCCUAUUCGAAACACUUUGCGAUUUUUGCAGGACUUCUCUGAGAGGGAGAAACAGAAGAUGCUAAUUGCCGUUUGAAACGAAACGAUCUGGACUCUGAACGUUCUCUUCUUUUGUGGAGUUCGUUACCAAAUGAAAUAACUGAAAUACAUUUCGUACUUUCUGUCACCAACAAGAAUUGCACACACCAUCUGAUAAGUGAGACAAUGUAUUUAUAACAAUGGCGACAGAAGCACACAUUAAUGCUAAUGUGGUCGCACAACUUCCCUCGCAAUUUGAAGUUUGAGCAGGUUUUCUGUUGAAAUUCGUCAUAAAUUUCCUGUUCCGAUUUUAGUUGAAAAUGAGCACUUGCAAAUUUGGAAAUUACUGACUGUUUGCUUGCUUUUUGAGUUAAAACGCAGCCAUUUACACAUUGUUUCUAUUCUGAAUAAGCAGGGAAAACCCCGCAACAUUUUAAUGCGAGUUUGUUUGUCACUAUUUGGGUUACUGUCAUUGGUUCUUUUUUGGCAUUUGACGUAUUAUGAAAAAGGGCAUUUUGUAAAACACCCGGUCUUCCUUGCAGGCCCACUAUUCUUCCCUCGGUGGGCCUGCACGCGGGCUAGUGUUAAAGGUCUGAACGUUGCAUAUGCAGAAUAUGCCAUCUAAACCGACCGAACACAGUGUUCGGCAUUAACCCAUGUUUUUUGGCAUUCCAUCAUCUUUUUCAAGGUUUACACGAUACAUUUCUGCAUAUAUUUUUGCUUUUGCCCUAAACAUGUAAAGAGAUUUCCUUUACGCGUGGUUAAUUUUACACGAUAGCCUAAAAUUACUUUUCUCGUUGACAUCGGUCUAUUCGGUACAAAUUUUCAUUUCAAAAUUAAAAACUUGAUAAUUUGUUUAUAUUUUGGCUAAAAAAGGGAGAUAAAGCCGGGAAACCGUACCACCAGGACGACCAAUGCACUGCCACAGACUACAGAGCGUUAUUGCGUAAUAAUUCACGGGCAUUAGCCAAUCAAAUUGCGUAUUGUUUACAGUUACAUUAGAAGGGAAUAUUUUUCUCACCUUUUAUGAUUUUAGUCACAACACAGUCAAUGCAUCUUCCAAUAUUAGUGGCGAUGAUAUCCGUGCUGUUUCAACGCAAUAUAAUACGAAUGAAGAAUUUGCUGGAGAAGCAAAAGAAAAUGGCAUGAUGAAUGAGCAAGAGACCAGAAACACUGAGAAGAAUCCAGUGGAAGUAUAUGAUGACAGAGUAAAAGAAGAAAAUUCCAGUUCGACAGACGAUUUAGGUGACGAAAUAGUCCAAGAUGAUGUCGCCUUCAAUAUCGGCUGCGAAGGUCAUGUACAAAAUUUGAUCGCAAAGUUUUCUUCGCUUAAUUAAAGCGGUAAAAUAUGACUUCGUGACACUGUAAUGAAUACAUUCAGACAUUCUACCUAUGCCAGGCUUCUACUUAGAAAUACUGACUUUUUAAGAUUUAAAAAUAUAUAUUGUACAAAAUGACAUGGGCGGCGCAACAUGGGGACUAGGUCGGCAAUAGCUAGCAGAAAUAAAAGUGGGCAUUGGGGAAGGCGAGCCAAUUUUCCGUUUCGUAAACUGCCAGGGUCACUAGUAACAAUCGGUGUUGCCACAUCCGGUGAAUAUAAAAUGAGAUGUUCACAACGCGAAAUAUGCAUUUCAACGCGCGUCUUGGGCUGACGUCGACAUCUGUAGUUAUUUUGUAUCCAGUAUCGUUUGCUAGGUUCCUUUUUAACGUUCGCCUUCAAAUUAACUUUAUUGACAUCUUGAAAAUCUGAAAUCCAUUCAUCUAAACGUUCGGCUGACAGGUUCCGCGUGUUGUGGUACAUACUGUAACUUAAAAUUAUCUUCGUUCAGUUGGCGCGUAAAUUUUUUUAUCGUGAUAUUGUUUUGUAUGGUACGUAGCUUUUUAACUGAAAUCCGAAUAUUACGAAUAUUGUAAAAUAACAUUCUAGACGAUAAUCGCGAUAUUGUUUUUUAAGUAUCACUAGCUUUGGGACGCGCGUUUAAAAGCGUGUUUCGCGUGGUGAAUAUAUCUCAUCUCAUAUUCACAGGAUGUGACGCGCGCUAAAAGUGGUGACACUGAUUGUCACUGGUGACCCUGGCAGUUUAGGAAAAGGAAGAUUGUAAAGGCAAGCCCCCUCAAUAAAAAAGAAAGGAUCAAAUUAAAACAGCAAAAUGAAGUUUCGAGAUUGCUGCAUGAAAGGCAGAGUGAAAAAAUUUAGCGGCAUUGCCGGUCAACGAUUGACGUACUCCUAAAGUGAAUUCGAACUGGGGGGCUUCAGCACCGAUAACAUUAUCACAUGGUGAUAAGCAGCUCGCCAGUUCUCCCCAGAUACAGUAGUUCAAUUGGAGUUAAUUUGCUGGCGAUUUUAGCCCCACUAUGUCCUCUGAACUAAUCCAAACCAAUUACGAAGCAUUUUUUUUAUUUUUUUUAUCCCCGAGCCGGCGGCGCGAAGCGCCGUGCGAGGGUACUAAUUCCCCCCGG